CCACAAUCUUUUCAUUUUCAAUUGAGCAGGUAUUCCCAUCUCUCUCUCCAAUUCUUGAAUUCUAGUUCAUUUUCCUUUCUAUUAUAUGGGUUUGGUGUAGAUGGAUAAGUCAACAUAUGUUCUCAGAUUCCCACCAAAACUAGCUUUCAAUUGAAUUCCCACUUUUAGAAUAAGGUUCUAAUGCAAUAUGUUCUGAGUUGAAAACUCAACUCCUUGCAAGUUUCUGCAAUUGGGAAUGCCAAAAUUAGGGUUUGUGAUUGUGUUAGUCUUCUUCUUGUUACUGGCAUUGCUUACUGUGAUGUCCAAUUUCAAGAUUUAUAAACCUCUUGGUGUAUGUAGAAACACUUGUAGCCUUGCCCAUGAAUUGGUGAAGUCUGAUAUGAUCAUACUGCAUUCUCAAAUAUGGUUUCGUCGAUUUCGUGUGCUUUCUGGAAGAAAUUUGACUCGAAUGGAAGAGGAUUUGGAUACAAAAACGGACCAAUCUCCAUGGGAGCCGUUGCUAGAAGAGUUCACAUUUGCGAAAAAUUCUGCUCCUUUUAAUAGCUGCCAUGCUUCUACAAUAGUUGAGGUUGAUAAAGACCACUUUUUGGUAGCAUACUUUGGCGGUUCAUACGAGGGUGCCCCUGAUGUCAAAAUUUGGUUACAGAUGCACAAGGAUGGUUAUUGGCACCCCCCUGUUAUUGCGGAUGAGCAAGACGAGGUACCAAUGUGGAAUCCUGUACUAUUUAAGCUUCCUUCCAAUGAGUUGCUUCUCUUCUAUAAGAUCGGGCAGGAGGUUCAAAAGUGGAGCGGUUGCAUGAAGAGGUCAUACGAUGGUGGUAUAACUUGGAGUGAGAGAGAACAACUUCCUUCUGGCAUCCUAGGACCAAUAAAGAAUAAGCCCCUGUUACUUGGAAACGGGAAAUUACUAUGUGGUUCGUCUGUUGAGAGUUGGAACUCGUGGGGCUCGUGGGUGGAGAUGACUGGAGAUUCGGGCAGGUCGUGGAAAAAAUAUGGGCCGAUUUAUAUUCAAAACGAGUCUCUCAGUGUGAUCCAACCGGUUCCUUACCAGACUGCAAAAGGAAAUCUACGAGUUCUAUUGAGAUCGUUUGAUGGCAUUGGUCGAGUUUGUAUGUCAGAAUCCCUUGAUGGUGGCGAAAACUGGAGUUUUGUUGUGCCAACUGAUUUACCCAACCCAAAUUCAGGCAUUGAUGGCGUAAAGCUAAGUGAUGGUCGGGUGAUGCUUGCUUAUAACACGGUCUCCAGGGCCGUGCUAAAAGUUGCGAUCUCAGCAGAUGAUGGAGAUUCAUGGAAAGAUGUCGUAACAUUGGAGGAGACUGAAGGAAUGGAAUUCUCGUAUCCAGCAGUUAUCGAAGCAAGCGAUGGACGUGUGCAUAUAACAUAUACGUAUAACCGGACACAAAUUAAGCAUGUUGUUCUUCAACCCAAAAUGGUGCAGUGAUGUUCUAGCGUACAGAUCUUACAAGGGAUCUUAUGGUAUUUUUCCAUGGAACAGAUUCGUUACAAAACGCUAGAAAAAAAAACUAAUAAAUCUUGAUGCACGAGAGUCGGCCAUUUGCUAAUAAUACAUCUCAUCCUUUACAGACGCUACUGUUUAGUGGAAUAUAUUAUGUUCAUUUGGUUUGGCAUUUUGUAUAUUUAUACAUCAAUUUUAAUGUUGAUAACUUUGAUGU